GCAGGAGGGCUCUCGGGGCACCCGCCCUGGCACAGGGCACCGUGUGCUGCCCCGUCCCUGGGGCACGGCCAUGGAGCUGAGAGCCCUGAUCCUGCUGCCCCUCUGCUUCCCAGGUCUCCAAGGCCAAACCUCUGGAGCCCAGAGACGACGGGAAGGGAACACUCUGCACAUCCAGUGUCCUUAUACAGCGUGGGCUAUUGAGAGCAAGAUGAAAUACUGGUGCCUCCUGAAAGAUGGAAGAUAUCAAUUUGUAGUGUACACAUACUCUGGCUCUCAAAGGAAGAAUGGGAGAAUUCAAAUACAGGAUGACACCAAAUUUGUAGUGUACACAUACUCUGGCUCUCAAUGGAAGGAUGGGAGAAUUCAAAUACAGGAUGACACCGCUAAUAAGACUGUGUCCAUCACCAUGACUGACCUCAAGGCAGAGGACUCAGGCACAUAUUUCUGUACUUACUCUAGCUGUGCAUUCCCACGGAUAAAGACCAUCUCCCUGAACGUUUUCAAGGAGCUGCUCAGCUGGGAGUUGGACACCCUGUGGGUGCAGUGCCCAGCCUGGUGCCAGAGAGCGCAGUGCACAGUGGAGAGAAAAACAUCCUCAGAAGGGAGUGCAACUACAUCCCUGCAAGACGGAGUGUCAAUCAGCUAUGAAGCUCAGGGAGCUGCCAUUGUCACCAUGAAGCAGCUGCAGACCCGGGACUCUGGUGUGUACCAGUGUGCGCUGGGCUCUGAGCGCACAGCCGAGAUCGUGCUCUCUGUCUUCAAGAGUCUCCAAGGCCAAACCUCUGGAGCCCAGAGACGACGGGAAGGGAACACUCUGCACAUCCAGUGUCCUUAUACAGCGUGGGGUAUUGAGAGGGAGAUAAAAUACUGGUGCCUCCUGAAAGAUGGAAGAUAUCAAUUUGUAGUGUACACAUACUCUGGCUCUCAAAGGAAGAAUGGGAGAAUUCAAAUACAGGAUGACACCACUAAUAAGACUGUGUCCAUCACCAUGACUGACCUCAAGGCAGAGGACUCAGGCACAUAUUUCUGUACUUACUCUAGCUGUGCAUUCCCACGGAUAAAGACCAUCUCCCUGAACGUUUUCAAGGAGCUGCUCAGCUGGGAGUUGGACACCCUGUUGGUGCAGUGCCCAGCCUGGUGCCAGAGAGCGCAGUGCACAGUGGAGAGAAAAACAUCCUCAGAAGGGAGUGCAACUACAUCCCCGCAAGACGGAGUGUCAAUCAGCUAUGAAGCUCAGGGAGCUGCCAUUGUCACCAUGAAGCAGCUGCAGACCCGGGACUCUGGUGUGUACCAGUGUGCGCUGGGCUCUGAGCGCACAGCCGAGAUCGUGCUCUCUGUCUUCAAGAGGACCCAGCAGCACACAGCCGAGGAGUCAGGCACCGUCUCCGUCCAGUGCCACUACAAGAUCGCCGACUACGCGUCUGCCACCAAAGCCUGGUGCAGAAAGGAGGGGGAAAUGUGCCACGUGCUGGCCACCAGCAGCUCAGAGCCCCCAGCAGGGAACGGCACGGCUCGGGCCGGUGUCAGGAUCCAGGACGACAGCCAGCAGGGCAUCGUCACCGUCACCAUGGCGCAGCUGCGGCCGCAGGACUCGGGCGUGUACUGGUGCGCGCUGCAGGAGCGCGCCGCUCUGUCCCGCAUGGAGGAGGUCACGCUCGGCGUCUCCAGGGCGUUGCCUCCAGGAGGUUCUCCAGAUUCUGAAAGGAAAAGCCAAGAUAUUCUUUUGGGUGAACCCAGCUCCAGUAACAACACCUUCAUCAUCGUGACCGUGGUGCUGCUCAUCCUGCUGCUCCUGGCCCUCAUCACCUCCACAGCCCUGGGUGUCAGGUACUACAAGCUCCUGGCCAGAACAGGUAACAGAGACGUAGAGGACACCAGAGACAGUCCAGAGGGCACAGCACAGCCUGGCAGCACUGGGAGGAGGAAAAGCUCUCAGGAUGACAGCAAAGGGUCAGGAUACAUCAACCUGGAUGUGCAAUCCCACCCCAGCCCCGAGGACCCUCUUUACUGCAACGUGGAGCCGAGCCAGGCUCAGAGGAACCCGCAGUGCGUGGAAUACGCCGUCAUCGCCUUCACCCCGUCCCCAAGGAGCAGCAGGGAGUGAGGCACACAGCCCCAGACAAGCCAGAAACGGGGGAAGCACACUGGGAGGCAGACUGGGAAUGAGGAGGAGGAGUGUGGAUGGAUGAGCUGAGUUUUGCUCUGUGUGCGUGGUGUUGUCUGAGCAUUUUCAGCCCUCCCUCCUGUUUUAGGGCCAGAGUGUCUUGGUUUGAAGGACAGGUGUUUGCCAAUAAAGGCAGGAGCUUUUCUUUGAAAUGGA